GGCAGAAGGGAAGUCAGUGGAGAGUCUUUGUUAAAGUUUAUUAAAGCAGUCAGUGUUGAUUAUUGGAGAUGUACUCACAGUACUGGAACACAGCACGGAGACGGAGACCAGACUCCAGGAGAUUCACAGUGGUGGAGGGGGAGACUCCUCUUCCUCUGGGCUCCACAUGUCGCAGGAAGCGUCUUCAUUCUGCAGGAGAGGAGGACCAGGAGGCCAGGAGGAGCUGUGCAUCCCGACCGAAUCCCGAGGGCUCGCUGUCAGCCGGCGACCUGAGUCACUACAGCAGAGCAGAGGAGGAGGAGGAGGAGGAGGAGGAGGAGCAGGAGGAGGAGCUGCAGAGGCUCUGUCAACGCUGCCACAUCAUGGCGUCACAGCUGAACAGACAAGCUGCAGCUCUGGCCGACACCACUGCUCUGAAGGACCCGGCCUACGCCUCCUUCCUCUUCAAUAAGCUCGAGCGCCUCCAGUGGCCUCGUCGUGGCCGCCAUGUUUCUAUCGAUGCUCGCUGUGACGUGUGCGGCGCCUCCUUCCAGCGGCUGAGGCAUCUCGCCCUACGCCGGGCCCUGGGCUUCAGACCAGAGAUGACGCCUCGCCCCACCACGCCCAGCAUCCCGGCCUCAGAGGGCAGCCAGGUGAAGCAGCUGGAGGAAGAGCAGCAGUGUGGGGGAGGAGCUACGUGGGGAUGGGGCGGAGUACAGAGCACCUACCUGGGUGGGGGCGGAGUCAGGGGGCUGGCCACGGUUACACCCCUCCCCCUGAAUGCACAGGACGACCUGGAGGGAGUCUGGAGGGUCUCCUGCAGACCUGAACCCCAGCACAGUACGGUGUUGACGUCAGACGGAGGUCAUGUGACCGUGAGGACUCUGGAGGUUAAACCUACGUCCCACAGCGUCGCCACCCAAACCAGCCGACCGCCGUCCUUCUUCCUCAGGGCCGUUCAGAAGCUCAGUCUGUCCCGGGGCAAGAAGUCCGAGCCGGGCCCCCCCUCCCCUCCAGGUGAGGCCCCUGGGCCCCUGCUGUACAUGGGGGGCUUCAGCGGGGCCCUGCAGCUCUCCCCCCCGGCCGUCCCCCCAAGCCUCCUCCGGGCCGGGUCAAAGGUCAAGGACACGCCAGGGAUGGGGAAGGUCAGGGUGAUGGUCCGGAUCUGUUCGGCCCACAGUAGCGAGUCCUCUGAGUCCAUGUCCUUCCUGAGGGUGGACGGCAGAAAGAAGCAGCUCAUUCUGAACGAGACGUCGACCGCUCAGAGACGACCCGCAGCUCCAAAGACAUUCACAUUUGACGCCGUUUUCUCACAGGACGCCUCCCAGGCCGAGGUGUGUUCGGGGGCGGUGGCGGAAGUCAUCCAGUCGGUGGUGAACGGAGCCGACGGCUGCAUCUUCUGCUUCGGACACGCCAACCUGGGUAAGACAUACACCAUGAUUGGUCAGGACUGCUCCACCCAGAGUCUGGGCGUGGCCCCUACCGCCGUCUCGUGGCUCUUUAAGGUGAUCGAGGAGCGCAGAGAAAAGGCCGCCGCUCGUUUCUCCGUCCGAGUAUCGGCUGUGGAGAUCUCCGGCCGCGAGGAGACACUCACCGACCUCCUGGCUGAACUCUCCUCCUCGGCCGGGGGCCACCAGGAGGCGCCGGGGGCCCCGGUGUCUCUCAGAGAAGAUCCCAUAUGUGGAUCCCAGCUUCAGAACCAGACGGAGCUUCGUGCGACCAGUGCUGAGCGAGCGGCGUUCUUCCUGGACGCCGCUGUGGCAGCGAGGAGGAGCAGCCGGACGCCGGACGACCAGGAGGCUCGGAGGAACUCCCACUUCCUGUUUACCCUGCACCUCUACCAGGAGAGGCUGGACAAGAGCAGCAAGGCAGCCGUGUCCGGUCGAAGUCGUCUCCACCUCCUGGACCUGGGCAGCUGUGAGACGGACAUCAGCCGGACCAGAGAGGGAGGCGGAGGACAGUGUCUGUCUCUGUCUGCCCUGGGAAACGUCGUCCUGGCCCUGGCCAACGGUGCCAAGCAUGUCCCCUAUAGGGACAGCAAGCUCACCAUGCUGCUCAGCGAAUCCUUGGGAAACAUCAACUGUCGAACCACCAUGAUCGCCCACGUCUCCGACUCCCCGGCCAGAUACAUGGAGACGCUGACCACGGUCCAGCUGGCCGCCCGCAUCCACCGCACUAGGAAAAAGAAGUCCAAGUACGCUUCCAGCUCAUCUGGAGGGGAGAGUUCCUGUGAGGAAGGUCCGUCCCGUCCGACUCCUCAUCUUCGACCCUUCCAUCCUCGCACCGUGGCUCUGGACCCAGACCAGCCCCCGGUGCUCUCCAGCGACCCAGACUAUUCCUCCAGCAGCGAACACUCCUGCGACACCGUCAUCUACGUUGGGCCGGGUGGGAAGUCCGUGUCUGACCGAGAGCUGAGCGACAACGAAGGCCCACCCUCCUUUGUUCCCAUCAUUCCCUCCCUGAACAAAAAGCGAGUCAAAGAUCGGCCCAGGUCCGAUGGCGACCAGCUCAAGUGCGACACAUUUGCAGAGCUGCAGGAGAGACUGGACUGCAUCGACGGCAGCGAGGGCAACGAGGCCAAAGCAGCGCUUAGUGACCCCACAACAUCUCCAUCCAAGUCUGAGAGGAAGUCCACACAGAACACAGCAACAAUAUGCACAAAUAAACCUGAUCAGGGACAACGCUCCUCAGCCGGGGGCCACACGGACACUUCCAAGAGAACGAGUGCACAUGGGGAGAAACUUUCCGUCGCCUCUUUCCCACCGUGUUUGGGAAAGUCCACGUCCCAGGACUCAGAGCCUGUGGUGCGAGAGAAGGUGUAUCUCAGGGGAGGUGUACCCAAGCCAUCAGCUUCACCGUCUUUACCCAGGACAGCAUCUCAGGCUGGACACGGUCUUGGUAGGACCCCCCCAGUGGGUAUGAGUCAACAAGCAACCAGCUGGUAUGACAUGGAGGUCAGCAACCUCCGGGCAGCUCUGUUGGGACGAUACGUAGACGGGGAUUUCCUGAGGACCACAGUGACUCUGCAGCAACCUGUGGAACUGAACGGGGAGGACGAGCUUGUCUUCACGGUCAUAGAAGAGCUUCCUCUUGGCCUGGUCCCAGACAACGGUCGCCCCAACCUCCCGAGUGGCUUGUCCCGGCAGCCUGGAGGCUCCCGUCCAGUCAGCAUCAUCAGCAGCAUCAAUGAUGAGUUUGAUGCUUAUAUAUCUCAACGAGGAGCUGAAGGACCUGAUGCCAGCUGCCAGGAAAUUAUGUUUCACCCGCAAAAUCAGUGGUGCGCUAGUUCAGGUGAAGUCGACAGAUCAGCGAGUUGGAAUAAAAACAUGGACACAGAUAAUUCUUCCAUGGUGGCAUCUCCCAGUGUGUUUCAUAAGCACACAUUGUUGCAGCACAGUCUGAAGAGUUCCUUGAACGACAGUGGCAUCUGUUUCUCGGAGCUGGACAGCCACCCCGCUACCCCAAACAAACCCUUACUUACUAAGCCCCCUCCCUCCCCCGACUCAACCAAAGACUCUCUCAAGCUGAGAGCAAACACCCUGAACACUUCAGGCAGUCGCUGCAGUCUUCCCAGGAAAAACAAGCCUACCUCAUCUGCAGCUGUGGGCUGCUGCAGACAGGAAGGCAGACCUGAGGACUCUUUGCUCCAGGGAAACAUUCAAUUUGAUCCUUCAGAGGUUGAGUUUCUUUCUGCAGGGAAGCCACAGAGAAGUGGCAUAACUAGCGUUUCCUCCAAGAAGUCUGGAGGGAACAGCAACAGCGUACCUCGGCCACCGAAGGCACAACCGUCCUCUUCAGCCCAGAGGCUUGUGGAUGGUUGUGAGAAGUCCAGCAGCAGGAGAGGAGAUACACUCGUCAAGCUGCCACGACUCACGCGAGGUGCAACUACUCUGGGAACUGUGUCCACCCCCCAGACGUCUGAAUCCAGGUGGGGCCACGAGUCUGCCUGUGGGAUCGGGACGUUGAGGUAUUCAUCCUUAGGAAAAAAGUCAAAUGGACAAAAAAGCAGCAUGAACUCCAAGCCUGGAUCUGGAAUCAUCUCUCCUCUGGGUCCACCGGUCAGACAGUCAAGCCAAGAACUAAAGUCAAGGACUCCAAUUGCCUUAAAGACCAGCAGCGACACUGGAAAGUCCUUGUUCCCUAAAACAUCAGCCUCAGAGGAGGAAGUCACAGUGAGGCUCCGAGCAGAUUCCUUCAGCCACAGGGUAACCAGUUUAAAAUCUGAUCAGGGUUCAGCCCGAACAUGUUCGAGUCUGAACACACAAAGACCCAGAGCCGAUACUUCCAGGUUCUUGGGGACUCUGGAGAAAUGUGACGGUCCAACCUCAGCUGGGUCCAAACCUGAGGUGUUGAAGGAGAACAGCAGAUCCAACAGAUCAGUGCCAAGACUCGGGGUUCCAGCCUCCACCUCGACUUCUUCCUCCCACAUUUCUCCUGGAGUUGUUGGAACUACUUUUAAACUGGGGCAGGUCCGAGGUGGCAGUGGUUCUCUGAAGAUUCGAACGUUGUCCAGCAGCAGUUCCAAGAACCAAAGCUCCGGGCUGAAGCCUCCUGAUAACAGCGGCCUGCCUCCAUCUGGUAAGAACCCUGCUCGCUCUGGAACAGGAGUCAAGGGGGGAAGAGGCACUGUCAUGGGCAUGAAGCAGGCUAUUAGCAGGGCAGCUAACAGCCGGGUUAGCGAGCUAGCUUCCGGGAGCCCAAGGAAGCAGCUCAGCAGAGGGUCCGGAGCAACAGGAAGCGAUGGCACCGAUAGCGGGACUAGUAGCGCCAGUGGAUCUCCAGUCAACACCCUGCUGCCGUCACCUUACAGCAAGAUCACGGCGCCUCGACGGCCCCAGCGCUACAGCAGUGGACACGGCAGUGACAACAGCAGCAUCCUCAGCGGGGAGCUGCCUCCGGCCAUGGGGCGCACCGCCCUGUUCUACCACAGUGGGGGCAGCAGCGGCUACGAGAGCAUGAUCCGAGACAGCACCUCGUCAGCUCACGACUCCAUGAGCGAGAGCGGAGCGUCCUCCAGCAGAAGCAGAGUUUCUAAAUCACCCAAGAAGAGAGGAAACGGGUUCCUGAGACGCCGUCUCAUCCCGACGCCGCUGCCAGACGUCCCCUCCCUGGGCAGGAAGGCUGGGACUCAGUGGGUGGACCGUCCCCCCCUGAAGGACGCCUUUGAGAUCAAGGUGUACGAGAUCGACGACGUGGAGCGACUGCAGAGGAGGAGAGGGGAGGAGGCGGAGUCAGAGCCGUUCCAUGACGUUGAGAAGGGCCUGCUGUACUUGGAUGGACGUCUCAGGAUGAUGGAGAAGAGACAGCAGCAGAUCAGAGACAUGAGGCUGAGACACGAGAGACUGAAGGACGAGCUGGAGGAGACCAAGAGACAACUGAUGAUGGGGACGGACAGAUGGAGAGGACAGUUUGAUGUGGACGAGGACCUGGACCAGGAGUCCCAGGAGUACCUGGAGGUUCUGUCUCAGGUGACAUCGGAGCUCGAGGACGUCGUCAACGUCUUUAAGUCCCACGUCAUGAUGGAGACGUGCUUCGACAUCACCAUGACGACCACCAGCGAGCAGGGACCAGGAGACGGGGGGGAAACGUGACACAUGAGACACCCCGUCCUUCUUCCUCCAGUCGUUGCUUUGUUUCUGACAGUGCCUUCCUCUUUAUUUAUUCUUCCUCUUUAUUUAUUCUUCCUCUUUAUUUAUUCUUCGUUUGUUUUUCUCUCUGUUUGUUGCCAUGGAGACGAUCUGAAGUAGAAACAAAAGCCUGAUCGGAAACGUCUUCAAACGUCAAAUGUGUCAUGUGAUCAGCUGUAAAGUCAGCAGAUUUCUGAAUCGACUCUGGUUUGAAGACUGAGACGAGACAGACAAAAUGUUCAAGGUGUAAAUGUUUGGACAUGUCUUUUACUGUGAGGACAUGUCUUUUACUGUGAGGACAUGUCUUUUAAUGUGAGGACAUGUCUUUUACUUUGAGGACAUGUCUUUUAAUGUGUGGACAUGUCUUUUACCUUGAGGACAUGUCUUUUACUGUGUGGACAUGUCUUUUACUUUGAGGACAUGUCUUUUAAUGUGAGGACAUGUCUUUUACUUUGAGGACAUGUCUUUUACUGUGAGGACAUGUCUUUUAAAGCAUGUAGACGUGUGUUUGUUUAUAUUUUCUACAGUUUUUUAUCAGUUAUGAAAAGAGUUGAUUCUAAAUAAAGAACUUUAACCAAUCACGA